AUGCACCGGCCGGGCUCCGUCUCGCCGCCCAAGACGCUGACAUGGCGGGACACGGGCGAGCAGUCCCCGCGGCAGCGCUCCUGGCUGGCGGCGCCCUUCGUCACCUUCUCCUCCCUCCUCGUCAGCCGCGCCGAGGACGAGGCCCCCAAGGAGCAAGAGGAGGCGGAGCGGCCCGGCGCCGACGCCGAGGAGGAGGAGGAGGAAGAAGGCGAGGAGGAGUCCACCGAGUCCGAGCCGGAGCCCGAGCCCGAGCUGAUGGAGGAGGAAUUUGAUGGCGUGCUGGACGAAGACACCGUUUCCGAAGCGCUGCACAACCUGGGGCGUUCGGCCCCCGGCACAGAACACGUCUACCUCAAUCUCACCCUCACCGAUCGCUUGCUAAGCAACGUCUGCGUCCUCUCCAAAUACGUUCACCUCCAGAAGCUGGAUCUCUCCCACAACAGAAUUAACGACCUCUCCUGUGUCAGUCACAUGCCUUACUUGCUGGACUUGGACGUUUCCCAUAACGAGCUGACCACAUACUUUGACUUCAGGCCACCCAGGAACCUCCAGGUAGCGAAUUUUUCAUACAAUGACAUCCCAGCAAUGCGAGACCUUUCUGCCUACCAGUCGCUUCAAAAGCUCACCCUGGACAAUAACAAGAUCGAGGAGAUCCGCGGCCUGGAGAAGUGUCACAGCCUGACUUACCUCAGCCUGGCCAACAACAAGAUCACGGCUAUCUCUGGCCUGCAAAAACUGCCCAUCCGGACCCUCUGCUUGAAAUCGAACGCGAUCGAAAAGGCCGUCGGCUUGGAAGAGCUCAAGGGCCUGAGGACCUUGGACUUGUCCGGCAAUCGGAUUAGCAGUUUGGAAGGCCUGGAGGAGCACAACCUACUGGAAGAGAUCAACCUGGAGGACAACCAGAUCAGUGAGCUGGGGGAGCUGGAAUACAUCGAAGCCCUGCCCCUCCUCAGGACAUUGAAUUUGUUAGAAAAUCCAGUGCAGCAACAGCCCGAUUAUUGGCUCUUGGUCAUUUUCAUGCUCCUCCGACUGACGGAGCUGGAUCACAAGAAGAUCACCGUGGAGGAAAAGGUCGCUGCCGUGAACAAGUACGACCCUCCCCCCGAAGUGGUGGCUGCACAGGAUCACAUGACCCACGUGAUGUACAGCAUGAUGCAGCCGCAGCGCAUCUACGACAGCACUUUGCCAAGCCUCGACGCUCCCUACCCCAUGCUGGUGUUGACCGGUCCGCUGGCCUGCUGGAAGCGGGAACUCUGCCACAGGCUCUGCAGGAAGUUCAACAACUAUUUCAGAUACUGCCCCUGUCACACCACAAGGACAGCUUAUUUUGGAGAAGAAAACCGUUUGGAUUAUUAUUUCGUGUCCCAGGAGGAGUUUUACAAGAUGUUGCAUAUGGGGAAUUUCAUUGCCACUUUUAAAUACAGUGGCUUUCAGUAUGGACUAGGCCGAGAUACUAUUGAUUCUAUCGCUCGGGAAGGGCUCGCAACCUGCGUUCACAUGGAAAUAGAGGGAGUGAGAAGCCUGAAGAAUUCCUACUUUGAGCCUCGCUACAUCCUGCUGAUCCCAAUGAACAAAGAAAGAUACGGGGGCCAGCUGCGGAGGAUGGGCCUCUUCAGCAGGCCAGAGAUCGAGGAAGCCGUCCGGAGGGUGGACAUGUACAAGAAAGUGAACCAGGGCUACCCUGGGUUCUUUGAUGCGGUCAUCAACGUCGAUGACUACGAUGAAGCAUUCAGCAAGCUGGUCCAACUCAUCGAGGAAUACCUAGGACUAGUAAAGCCUGCAGAGUCGGAAGUAACAGUUCCAACACCGACUGGCAAAGUAGAUCCAGCUCCUGAAAAAACAGCAGACAAAAAACCGGCAGCCAUCCUCAAAGACAACAAUGUCAUAGCCCAGGUGUUGGCCACUAAUGAAUUUAUGGAUUCGUCAGCCAGGAAUUAUGCUGCCAGAAUCUCAGCCAAACUUUCAGAACAGAGAACACCAGUGGAAGAGGCCUCUCUGCAAAGGCGACAACAGAUGGCCCAGCAGGGACUGAUGGGGAAAGCAUCCAGCGGCUACUCCCAGCUCUUCUUAAGGGAUGGUGCCGGCACAUCUGCCCAGCAACUGGAGCCCACCUCUCAGGCCCCCCGAAGCAGCCUCAGUCCGCAGCUGGCCGGCUCCUCUGACCGCAGCUUCCUGUCUGCCAGCCCAGGCCAAAGCUCCAAAGACUCACGAACUCCAACUCGGGUAUCACCUGGCUCCUCGGCUGGAGUAUUUUCAUCCGGCAGUUCUUCCGGCAAGACGCCAAUCCACAGUGUUUCACCAGGGGAUGUAGUCACUUGUGAACAUGUGGAUGAAAAAGAGCCAGACAUUUCUCCCACCGCUAAAGAGAAGAAGCCGCCGAAAUCAAAGACCGCCUCCCCUCGCAUUCCCCAAGUCACCAUCCGGCCGGGCUCCAACACAAAAGCCGUGCUCCCUCCCAUCCCGUCGGGACAGAAAAAAACAACCCCGUAA